UCCCUCCCUCUUCAAAUCUCACCUCUUUGAUUGUAUCUCCAUCCAAAUAUUGAUUCAAGACUAUCCAACCACAUUUGGACGUCGAAGAAAAUAUUACAAUGAUACAAGAAUACUUGAUAUGGCGCGAAUCUGACAUCAUUAAAAGCAUUGUACUUAGCAGACACUUCCCCGGCCAAGAAACUGAAACCAAAAGCAGUGGAAAAAUGGCUGUUGUGACGUCGGAAAAAGGGGUCGUGGCGGCUGAUCACGAGACAUGUUCCGAGAUCGGAGCUGACGUGCUAAGAAGACUCGGCGGCACCGCCGGGGAUGCCGCAGUGGCUGUCGCGUUUAGCUUAGGUGUGUUGAAUCCAUCGUCGAGUGGAAUCGGCGGUGGAUCCUUAAUGGUUGUUGGUUCAUCAGCCAGCUCAGUAGCCACGGCUUAUGAUAUGAGAAAAACCGCUCCAUCGGCUGCUUCACAGGAUAUGUUUGAGAACAGAGAAGCCGAGAGAAUAGUAGGACCAUUGUCAAUAGCAGUUCCUGGAGAAAUUGCCGGACUUUAUAAAGCAUGGGAGACACACGGUCGUGUCCCAUGGAAACUACUUGUCGAACCAUCUAUCAAGCUGGCGCGAGAUGGUUUCCAGGUUGGUUCGCAUCUCGACUUCGCCUUGUCCAAGAACGAGGCUAUGAUCAAGAACGACAUUGGUUUAAAGAGUGUUUUUACCAACAAGGGCGAAUUGUUGAAGAAAGGAGAUAUAUGUUACAGCACAAAACUCGCUGCGACCUUAGAAGCAGUUGCUGAGAAAGGCAUGAAGGCGUUUUACGAAGAGGAUGUGGCGGAAAAGCUUGUGAACGAUGUGAGAGAGGCUGGAGGGAUCGUAACAAUGGAAGAUUUGCAAAGUUAUGAAGUUAAGGUGAGUGAUGUUAUGGGGUAUAAAAUACAUGGCAUGUGGCCUCCGGCGUGUGGAACUACUGGUUUUGCAAUGAUGAUGAAUGUAUUGGAGAGAUACAUGAAAGCCAAGGCUACUGAUGAGAAUCUUGGUUUGCAUCGAAUUAUAGAAGUCAUGAAACAUAUGCUUGCAGCUAGAAUGGAUCUUGGAGACCCUGCGUUUGUUGAUGGAAUUGCUAAUGUUGUGGAUAAUUUGCUCUCUAAGUCUUAUGCGGAAACAAUACAGAAGAGGGUAUCCGACAACACCACGUUCCAACCAGAAUAUUACCUCAAUAAAUAUAAUCAGCUUGAGGACCAAGGGACAACUCACUUUUGUGUGGUGGAUAAAGACAGAAAUGCGGUGUCCAUGACAACAACUGUGAACUAUGCGUUCGGGUCAGGGUUUAUGUCGCCUUCAACAGGUAUUAUACUUAAUGGCCAGAUGGAGGAUUUCGCGAUACCAACCCUGGUCUCUUCUUAUAGCCUCCCUCCAGCACCCACGAACUACAUUGCGCCAAAGAAGAGGGCGUUGUCUUCUAUGAUGCCAUUGAUAAUCACACAGGACAAUGAACUGGUCGGAGUGAUUGGUGCGAGCGGUGGGCCUUAUAUAUUUCCUGCGGUGAUCCAAGUGUUCCUCAAUCACUUUAUUUUCAAGAUGAGUCCUCUAGAGGCUGUGCAGAGACCAAGAGUUUACCCUAAGUUGAAACCAAACACGGUGUUAUAUGAGGACAUGACAGUGUACAAUGGAGAUCAUAUUAAGCUUACAGAAGAGACUCGAGAGUUCUUGAAGGGGAGAGGACAUGAACUAGUGGUUACAAGUGUGGGAGGCAUUGUUCAAGUGUGGUUAUCAGUGACAUUUUUAUUUGAAAUGCUAAAAUGGAUGAAAAAGCUAGGUACUUACUUUCAAAAGUAAAACCACAGAAGCAGAUUUGUAGAAUACCCAUUUUGCAUAUAACAGAGCUGAAGAUGCGUAUUGUCUUA